AUGUCACUUACCGCCGAAGAAGUCAAAAAAAAACCCGACCUGCUAAGUCGCAAUCGCUCGAAGCCUUUGGCAAACUUUGGCUAUCUCGAUGGCACCAUGGGAGCCAUCCUAUUCGAAGGCAAAGCGUUUAUAACUACUCCCAACGCCGACAACAUAUUUGAGCCGGUUCUCGGGCUCACUACCAUCGUCCAGCUCAGGCAGGAUGGCAGAUUCGGCGCUGAGGACCCCUUCUUGCUCCCUCAGCAGUACAUAAGCGAACACCCCCAUCUUGCAUGCAUUCGCCGACCCCCCACCCAGCGAGAAGAUACCCAGGAUGUCAUGUUCAUCGACCCCGUUUAUCAAUACCACUUCCGCGCAUCUCACCAAUCCCGAAUCGGCCAAAUGGACCACCACCUCGUAUCUCGGAUCCGUGAGCCAGCCGUUCUCCUUGUGAAACGUUACUACGCCUUCAUCGAAUCCAGACCUGACCUUGCGCAGAAUCGGCGGUUCCACGGCCACGCGACCCAGCUCAAAAUCUGGAUUGGACGCUUGGAGAGUACCAAGGCGUCCUGGCCGGAUAUUCUAUUUUCUUUUACUCAAGCGCAGCGGCACUUCCUCGAGUUGGAAGCCUACUUGGAAUAUAUGCAAGUCCGCAAACCGCUCAUGGACUCGCCGGAGUACGGAGGCAUACUCAGGCCCGCGGCCAACUUUGUAGGCGCGGUGACGAACAAGGUUGUCGUUGUCGAAGAGCUAGCCAAGGCCGGCGUGCCUGUUUGGCUUAUCAGGCCCAUCCGCGAGUUCAACGCGGACACGCGUAUCGAUACCGUCAUCAAUCCUACUCCCGCCGAGGCCAUGAACAUCGAGCUGCGACCUUGGCGCGGCCACAAGACGAUCGUAUGGAACACGGACGCGGCUGACCCCCAGCGCCACAAUAAUCUUAUGCUCUUCGGCCGCGAGUUUCUCGCCUACACGGACUUUGGUCGCACAUCAUCUUUGCGUGACACCAUUGAAAGGCCGCCCCCCAUUCCCAGCUUCAGCCAAGACUACUCCGCGGGCCCUUCUCGUGCGCCCAAACCACCACAAGAUGACAAACAAGACUCGGAGCCCAAGAGACGCCUUAUCAUAAACCCGGCGGACACCCUCCAUUUCCGCCCCAAUCGUCAUCGGUUCAUGCCGAUCAUGAUGGCAGCCUGGCAACAUGGGCUUUCGACUGUUGUGGUGAAGCAGAAAUACGUCUCCCCGGAAUACAUAGAGGGAAGGAACGGAUUCAUCUUUCCUCCGCCCACCGCGAUCGUGCCACUUAACUCCGAAGACAACCUCAGACCGCGCCAACUUAAGAUCUUGCAUACGUUCAUCAACCAUCUUGAUGUACUCUUACUUCGCAUGUCGCCUCGGCUGUCGCCAACCCCCCUCUCCCGCAUCAAGUGGGAUUUCCUACUGGGUCCAGAAACGUCCCAAACGAGCGAGCCUGCGCAGAAGAAGAUCAAACUCGACAAGCACGCCAUUCGUCGCCAAAAUAUGCAAGAUCUCCUGGCCAAGUGGACUGAAGAACUCGAUGAGGAUCACAAGGAUCGCCAUGAAGAUCUUAACUGGCACAGCGAGGCUCUUCCAUCCGACAAAUGGCCUCACGAUCGUGUAACCGAGCGCAUCAUGUACGAAAUCAUCGAGAUCAACUUUCGAUGGGAGCUACGCAUGCUCGACAGCCAAAUGCUUGCUCCCGACGUUGACCCCAUCGCGCAUGACGACCUCGUCAAUCAAUGCUUCCCCUCAACCAGUUUUGCAGGCGAAGGAGGCGGCGACCACAUGAACGUGACAUACCUCACGGCCUGGAGCGGUCUCUCCAAUCCAGACGUCGUUGAGCGACGCAAAUAUAUCCUCGCCAUCUCACGCGUCAUGGCCCACUGGAAGGACUGUCCGCCCCGCAUCAUAAACGAUCUCCAAAAGGCCGAAUCUGACGUCAACUUCGAGACGCUUGAGUGCGCUUGUGCAUCGUUUUAUUGCAAACGUUUUUUCUUCCAUUUCGCCCGCGGGCCGACUGUCCCCCAUCGCACCAAGAUUGACCCCUCGGUAUACAUCAUGCCGUGA